CAUGCGCGCCGCCUCACUUCCGGUGCUCUCUCGCUGGGUCGCUCAGGUCGGCUUCGGUCGCCGUCGCUCCCGCUCUUCCACCCCCGCCAACCGCCGCUCGGGCCUCAGCAGCCGCCGCGUCGCUUCCUCGCUCGCACGCCACACAUUCUCCCCGAUGCAGCGCCGGGACGACCCUGCCGCGCGCCUCACCCGGUCCUCGGGCCGCAGCGGCUCCAUGGACCCCUCAGGUGUCCACCCCUCGGUGCGUCAGGCCCCGUCUCGGCCGCCGCCGCUGCCCCACCGGUCCCGGGGAGGCGGAGGUGGUCCCCGAGGGGGCGCUCGGGCUUCGCCCGCCACGCAGCCGCCGCCGCUGCUGCCUCCCUCGGCUACAGGUCCCGACGCCACUGUGGUGGGUUCCGCGCCGACCCCGCUGCUGCCCCCGUCUGCCACAGCCGCGGUCAAGAUGGAGCCGGAGAACAAGUACCUGCCUGAACUCAUGGCUGAGAAGGACUCGCUCGACCCGUCCUUCACUCACGCCAUGCAGCUGCUGUCCGUAGAAAUUGAGAAGAUUCAGAAGGGAGAGUCAAAAAAAGACGACGAGGAGAAUUACUUGGAUUUAUUUUCUCAUAAGAACAUGAAGCUAAAAGAACGGGUACUGAUACCCGUCAAGCAGUAUCCAAAGUUCAAUUUCGUGGGGAAGAUUCUUGGACCACAAGGAAAUACAAUCAAAAGACUGCAGGAAGAGACUGGUGCAAAGAUCUCUGUCUUAGGGAAGGGUUCAAUGAGAGACAAAGCCAAGGAGGAAGAGUUGCGCAAGGGUGGAGACCCCAAAUAUGCCCAUUUAAAUAUGGAUCUGCAUGUCUUCAUUGAAGUCUUUGGACCACCAUGUGAGGCUUAUGCUCUUAUGGCCCAUGCCAUGGAGGAAGUCAAGAAAUUCCUAGUCCCAGUAAGGAAAUGCAUACUCUUUAUCUUCUAAGCAAGGGAGAAAAUAGGAUAGCUGUUGUGAAGGCUGGGGUUCUUAACUAGAGUCAGUGAUUUGUUAACUUUCCCAAAGUUUUCCCACUGCUAUUUAUACCUCAUUCUCAAAGCACUGUGCUCCAAGGUGUCCUUGUUUACUGUGACUUCAUUAAUGUGUACUAAUAUCUGCUGUCAGUCUCCUGGGUCUCCAGUGUGUUAGUAGUCUGUUUAACAAAGAUUUAAUAAUGUCUUUGUUUAGUAUUCUGGUACUACUGCAGAACCAGGAGGUGGUAUUAGGAAAAAAUUACUUACCUACUUAUAUUUGUGUGCUAGCUAGACUCUUGAAUCUAGACUUGACUACAGGAAGCUUAUGGCAUCCAGUAUUAAUAAAUUAAUUUCUAAUGUGGUACACUGCA